AUGGCGUCCCUCUCAGCCACUAAUGGCAAGACUGAAGCUCACCACGUCAAGGAACAUGCUGAAGCAAAGGGCGCUCCAGUUCAUUCCUUCGACCCAGACGCUUCACCGUCAGAGAAGGCAGCUGUUGCAGGCAAGUCGCGAGACAAGCUGCAGUCAGUCAUCCCCAAGGACGACGACUAUGAACGAGUCCUGCCAACCAUCACCAUCGAGGACGUUGACGGGAAGAAACCUGUUGUAUCAGCAGCAAAUACCUCUCAGGUAGCUGAGAGUGUUCAGCAUGACGAGGCUGCUCGUGUACCUGGCGCUCUGCCGACGGCGGCGGCACCGGCUAUCCCUGAUUGGUACCGUGUUGGUUGGCGCCAAAUGUCCGGAAUUGAUAAACCGCCGCUUCCGGAGGGUGAAGAACGGGACAGGGGUGUCCUUGAUAUGUUUUUAUCUGAACAGUUCUACGGCGCCUGGUACCACAACGGUGCUAUAAUCAUCUUUGCUGUACUAUCGUCUCAUUUCCUGACGCGUUUCCACUUUGGCUGGGGUUGGUUAUUCAUUGUUCUAGCAAUCUGCAACACCUACUACUCAACCUCCAUUCGGCGUGUGCGCCGCCAUGCUCGUGACGACAUUCAACGAGAGCUCGUUAAAACACGCCUUGCAUCGGAGCACGAGUCUGCGGACUGGAUCAACAACUUUCUUGAUCGUUUUUGGCUUAUCUAUGAACCUGUCCUUUCUGCAACCGUUGUUUCAUCUGUGGAUCAAAUUUUAAGCACCAAUACACCUCCUUUCCUUGACUCUAUUCGUCUUACGGAAUUUACUCUCGGUACGAAAGCGCCUCGCAUCGAAAAGGUUCGGACAUUCCCAAAAACCGACGACGACAUCGUCAUGAUGGACUGGGGCAUUUCUUUUACUCCAAAAGAUGUUUCGGAAAUGACGCAACGCCAAAUCAAGGGCAAGUCCAAUCCCAGAAUACUUCUUACGAUCCGUUUGGGUGCAGGCGUAGCAACGGCAGCUAUGCCAAUCCUGGUAGAGGACAUAACCCUCAGCGGUCUUCUCAGGAUUCGCAUGAAAUUGAUGUCAAACUUUCCACAUGUUCAAAUCGUGGAUCUUUGCUUUUUGGAGAAACCCGUCAUUGAUUAUGUUCUCAAGCCCAUAGGAGGAGAGACUUUUGGUUUUGACAUUGCCAAUAUACCUGGUCUCCAUAGCUUUAUCAGGGACAUGACGCAUGCAACUCUAGGGCCAAUGAUGUAUGAUCCAAAUAUUUUCACACUUAACCUUGAGCAAUUGCUUUCGGGAAAGCCCCUCGACGCAGCCAUCGGUGUCAUUCAAGUCACUAUCCAUUCUGCACGCGGAAUCAAGGGCACCAAAAUAGGCGGUGGUGUUCCAGAUCCAUUUGUUAGCUUGUCGAUCAGUGGCCGCGCCGAGCUUGCACGUACGAAGUACAAAGCCAAUACCUACAACCCCACAUGGAUGGAGACCAAGUUCAUUCUUAUCAAUUCUUUACGCGACUCUUUGGUCUUCAGUGUUUGGGAUUAUAACGACCACAGAAAAAAUACUCUGCUAAGCUCCGCCUCCUUCGAGCUGGCGGGCUUGGCGGAGGACGCUACUCGUGAAAAUAUCGUGUCUCAUCUUCUGAACGAUGGUAAAGAACGUGGAGAACUCAAAUACGAUAUAUCAUACUAUCCGGUCAUCGAACCUGAAGAGGGCAAGGAAGAUUUGAUGAAUACAACUGUUGGUAUUGUUCGCUUGAUGAUCCACCAAGCGAAAGAGCUAGAUCACACCAAAUCUCUCUCCGGCGAACUCAACCCUCUUGCAAAAGUCUAUCUCAACGGUCAGAGUUCAUCAGUCUUUACAACACGCCUUUUCAAACACACCAACAAUCCUGUUUGGGAAGCACCGUACGAGUUUUUGUGCACGGAUAAAGAGUCUUCCCUCGUCGCGGUGAAGGUCAUCGACGAUCGUGACUUCCUGAAGGACCCUGUUGUUGGUUUCAUGUCAAUUAAAUUGACUGAUCUGCUAGAAUCUUCGGGUCAGGCUGGCAGGGAUUGGUUCCCUCUUAGCGGAUGUAAAAGCGGCAAACUGAGGGUGUCCGCUGAAUGGCGUCCAUUGACCAUGGCGGGAAGUUUGCACGGGUCUGAUCAAUACAAGCCACCAAUUGGUGUUGUCAGGCUUUUACUCGAAAAGGCCGUUGACGUCAAGAACGUGGAAGCGACCUUAGGAGGAAAGAGCGACCCUUAUGUUCGAGUUCAAGUCCAAAAUACCACCAAAGGGAGAACCGAGGUUAUCAACAAUAAUUUGAACCCUGUAUGGGACCAAAUUAUCUACAUACCGGUUUAUUCUUUAAGAGAGACCCUCAUGCUUGAGUGCAUGGAUUAUCAGCAUCUGACUCGAGAUCGCUCUCUCGGAUCGGUCGAACUUGAGCUUUCUAGGCUUGCAGCUCCAUACGAUGAUCCACGCUUCCCUUUUCAAUCCAAGGGCAUGAUCACGGCCGUGGAUCCUAUUCGUCUCGACAAAGGCAAUGCCACCAAAGGAAGUCUGCAUUACAAAGCAUCUUUCAUCCCAGCUCUCGCGAUCAAAGGCGUCAAGUUUGAUCAUGCGCACAAAAACCAGACCCAGACGGCAACAGAUGACGAAGAGGAUGGUUUCGUGAACGACGAUCGAGCAUCGUCAGCGUCUGAUAGUGAUACACUUCCCGACGGCCCGACAAUCAAAUCCUUGAAGAAAUUAGGACAAAAAGAGAUUAGUAAGGAAACCACGGUGACCCCAGUCACCUCUCCAACCUCCGCCACUUCGAAGGUUGAGGAUGUCGCGGCCAAGGCCAAAGACACCGAAGAAGAUGGUACCGUCGAAAUGACAACGGAAGAGUUGCUGGCUCAGCAAUCUGGUAUCAUCGUCUUCAAUGUCAUGUCAGGAACUAUCGUCAAAAAGGCUCGUUUGGAAGUUCUUUUGGAUGAUGGUUACUGGCCUUGCUUCAGCACCACGAAGGCCAGGAGCACAAACGCACAAUGGGAUUACGUCGGCGAAGGCUUCAUCAAGGAGAUUGACUUUGGCCGAGUCUGGUUGCGUCUAAACGAAGCACAUGAAGGGGAGAAGGACGAUAUAAUCGCUGAAUGGAAAGGCGAUGCCAAACCUUUCCUUCAAGCAACAUUGGCAAGCCUGAUCAAGUAUACGCUUCUCGAUAACGAGGAGGGGCCAACAUCCACCGUCACCAUUGAAACUCGUUAUCUCCCAGUUCCUGUAACGCUUGAACCUAGAGAGAGCGUCAACAAUCAGGGAAUACUUAGGGUGGACCUCAUAGAUGGUCACGAUAUACAUGCUGUCGACAGAGGAGGGAAAUCUGAUCCUUUCGCUGUCUUCACCCUCAACGGGCAAAAAGUUUUCAAGUCUCAAACGAAGAAAAAGACGUUAUCCCCAGAGUGGAAUGAGCAUUUCGAAGUCAGCGUGCCUUCGAGGGUUGCUGCCGACUUUUCAGUGGAGAUCUUCGACUGGAACCAAAUCGAGGCAGCCAAAAGCCUUGGGGUAGCGAAGAUCGAGCUUUCAGACAUCGAGCCUUUUCAAGCCGCGGAACGUUCCUUGAAAUUGUUUCUCAAUAAGCUUGGUGAGAAGGGCCAGAUACGAGUCCGACUUGUAUUCCAACCAGAGAUAAUCGCCAAAUCGCGGAAGAACACCUCGACCUUUACAAGUGCGGGUCGCGCAAUGACCCAGAUUGGUGGCCUUCCCGUGGACGCUGGCAAAGGUGUUUUACGAGGUGUUGCAGGCGUUUUCAAGAGAGGCGAUCGGGAUCAUGCAGAGACGGCAACAAUCCCAGAUGUACAUUCGGGGCAAGCUUCCCAGCCUGUCGGAAUAUCAGAUCAUCUGGAAGCAGUAUCAACACCCUUCCCUUCGACCCCCCCUAACGAAGUAGCGUCGAAUGAACCAGGCACUCUCAGAGUUACUGUGUUAGACGCCAAAGACUUCAACACUGGGGAGAUCAAGCCCUACGUCGUUCUGCGGCUCGGAGACAAAGAAUAUAGAACGAAACACACUUCGAAGACGGCGACACCGGAAUGGAACGAAACAUUUACAUUCGCUGCGUCAGCUUUGACACCAAAAAUCUUGCUUUGGGUUCAUGACCAUAAAACACUUGGUAAAGACAAGGAGUUGAGUUCGGGCAGCGUUGAUAUUCCGCGCCACAUCAAAAUGGACUCCGUCUCUUCCGCAGACGUUUUUGUAGAACUCAAUCAUGGCCAAGGUGGCUUAUUACGCCUGCGGCUCGAAUUUGACCCAGACACUCAUCCACUGAGUAGUGGUGCUUCCUUCUCCUUUGAAACCGGUCACAGAACACUGUCGUUGGCUAGUCCUUCUCGGUUUAGCAUGCGGAGCCGCCGCCCUGGUGGUGAGCAUGACGAUUCCUAG